GAGCACCGCGUCGCUCUGGCGCAGGGCAGUGGGCUCCGAGUCAACUGGCAUGACCGCCCGGGCACUGGGGCAGACAUUGAAUCGUCUGCUGGACAUGCGGGCAUCGGGUCCCAGGCAUCAGGUCAUUUGGCUCGACAGCGGGCACCGUGUCCGAUAUCUGGCAAGGCAGUGGGCUCCGAGUCAACAGGCACGACAGUGGGCACCGGGUCAUCAGGUACCGGAUUGUCUGGCUCGACAGCGGGCAUCGGGUCACCAGGUAUGACAGCGGGCCUGGGUCACCAGGUCAUCAGGUCAUGUGGCUCGACAGCGGGCACGCGCCCAUCUGGCAAGGCAGUGGGCUCCGAGUGCAACUGGUAUGACUGCCCCGGCACUGGGUCAGACAUUGGAUAUCUGACUGGACAGCGGGCAUCGGGUCACCAGGCAUCUGUGUCAUUUGGCUCGCCAGCGGGCACCGCGUCAUCUGACCGGCAGUGGGCACCGAUCAUCUGCAGGUACGACCAGCCAGCUCUGAGUCAAUUACCGGAUCAUCUGAUCAACAGCGGGCAUCGAGUCAACUGGCCUAUGUGAUCGUCAGGCUGGAUCAGUUCAUCAUGCUGGAGAGGCAUCAGGCUGCGUACAGGCAUCAGGCCGAGUAGGGCUUACUGUCAGUACCAGGGCUGGCCAGCGGG